GUGGGGAGGGACUGUCCCAGAGGGGUCUUGGGCAGGAGGCCUCUUUUUCAAGGUGUCCCUCCUUGGCAGAGGUGCUUGCUCAGAACUGGGGACCCUGUCUCUCAGGGUUUUCUGGCAAUUUAUUCCCCACAAAAUGCAAGAGCUGAGAGGCUCUGGGCUUGUUUCCACUCUUGGCUAAGCAGGAUCCCUCCUCCCAGACCAGAGUAUGUCAGCACUGUCCCCUAUUGGGCACUUCUUUGCCAUGGCAUACCAUGCCUUGCAGAAGCUGCCUGGAGACCCUCUUGGACCAGGAAAGCUGCUGACCCCAGCCCUCAUGACUAUGACUCCCACAGUCUGCCAUCUGCUGGCAUGGUGAGAGGACCAGCGUGGAGCUGUGGGCAGCACACAGUAGACUGGACUCCUCAGGGGGCUUUGACGUAAGAUUUGAACUCCUGGAGAUGAAGGACAUGAAGGUGUCUUUGAGGCUGUGGGAGAAUCCAAAGUCCUAAGAACUACCCUUGUGAAUGGGAGCUGAAAUCUAGGGAGGACAGGAGCAGAAUAGCAGCAGAGACCAGUGAGAAGGGGGGUGGCCAGGCCUGGUGGCUGCACACUGCUUUUCCUGCACAUGAUGGUGUUAAGAGUGCAUCCGCAGAACCUCUCCAUACUUUGUCACUCUGGGGAACACCUCUAUGUGUCUUUUCAAAUAGCUUUAUUGAGAUAUGGCAUAUCCCAUCAAAUCACCUGUUAGUACAGUCAUUUCCAACCAGUUUAUAGCUUUGUUCAGACAUCCUCACAAACCAGUUAUAACAUCUCUGUACUCCAAAGAGAUCCUCCUGCCUGUUUGUAGUCGCUCCCUCCCUAUCAUGGUCCUAGACAGCGACUAACCUGCUGCCUGUCUAUAGGUUUGCCUUUUCUAGAAGUUUCACAUAAGCGGAGUCAUACAGUGUGUGGCCUUAUGAUCUGGCUGCUUUUACUCAGCAUAAUGCCCUUGGGGUUCAUGCACAUUGCAAAUGUGUCAGAAUUUCAUUCCAUUUUAUGGCUGAAUAGUAUUGUAUUAUAAAGAUACACCACCUCUUGUUUAUCUGUUCAUGGGCACUUGGCUCGUUUCCAGUUGGCUUUUAUGAAUAACGCUGCUAUAAACAUUUGCAUUGAAGUUUUUGUGUGGAUGCAUGUUUUCAUUCAUCUUGGCUAGAUCCCUAGAGCAGGGUUUGUGUGGCUUUCGUUGCACCUGUCAUACUGCUUUCAAAGAGGCUGCACCACCUCACAUUCCUGCUAACAGUGUGGUAGUGGUGGUGGUGGUGGGGCUCUUGUGUCUCUCAUCCUGAAUGUGCUUGUUAGCGUCUGUCUUUUUGACUCUAAACAUCCUAGAGGAUACACAGUCGUGUCUAAUUUGGUUUGAUUUGCAUUUACCUGAUAGCUAAUGGUAUUGAGCAUCUUGUUUUGUUUUCAUCUAUCCACUUUUUAAAAAAUUUCUACUUGUAUAUAUCCUAAGGAAAAAUUGUUAGGAGUAGAAUUACUAGGCCCAGAGUCUGGCUGUUUAUAUCUGGACUGCAUUCUGAGAGUGUCACAGUGACGGGCAAUGCCCACAUUGAGUGUCACCACACGUUUGUCAGGUAGGUGGGUUUGCUACUUUUAUUUUUUACUAAAUUGAUGUUUGCAAAAGAAAGUUCAAGGUUUUUAAGCCCAGGACUAUGUUUUCCCAGUCACAUUUUAAAAUUGUAGGGGCUGGGGAUGUAGCUCCACGGUGCUGCACCUGCCUGGCAAGAGUAAGGUCCUGAGUUCAAAUUCCGAUACCAAAAAAAAUUUUUUUUUAUCUAGUAUAAUUUUUUAUUAUAGAAAUUCUGCACUUUUAGUAAAAAUUCAAGCAGUACAAAUCAGGCUUGGUGACCCACACCUGUAGUCCAGCAACUCAAGAGGCUGAGGCAAAAGUAUUACAAGUUUAAGGCCAAUCUGGGAAACAUAAGACCCUGUCUUAAAAUAAAACUUUGAAGAGAAAGGGCUGAGCAUGUAGCUCAAUGGUAGACCACUUGGCCUACAAUAGGGUCAAUCUCCAUUAGUACAAAAAAGAAAAGAGAGAAGGUGGGAGUACAGAGGAAUAUAAAGAAAAAUAUUUUUCUCCUUCCCAUUUUUUUUGGUGGGGGGUGCUCAGCCCCUGGGCUAGAGUCACAAACCUUAAAAAUACCUGGGGACUCAUGCUGCACUUAUCUGGCCUUUCUUGGGACUGUUGGGAGGAAGAGUGGUGGUGGCUGUGGUUCUGGCCACAGCAAGGAAGGCUGGAGCCUUGGACCAGCAGAAGUGAGGAACAAGUCCUGUGGGGUUUGCUAGGCAGGUCCCUCUUAUGGCGUGAGAAUGUGUUGGAUUUGGUUCUCAGGCGGUUGCAGGGUUACAUUAAGGUACCUUAUGACAGCAUCACUGGCAUCCUGCCAGGCCCUCCCCUAUCUGUGCCCUUGACAGCCCUGGCUUGUUCCAUCACUGCUAGUGGCCCUGGGCCUUAAGGCUAUUACUUUUUUUUGGUACCAGGGAUCAAGUUCGGGACCUUGCACACCCAAGGCAGGCAGCAGAACCACUGAGCUCAAUCCUGGCCCAAGGCUGUUACUAUUUGACACAUAAUGGUGGGCCCCCAAAACAAGAAGGACGAAGUGCUAUAAUGACCUUGAGGAUCCACAGCCAGCCAAUUGGAGAGGGAACUGUGGAGAGGAGCUGGGGUUGGCAUAUUUUGGGGAGAGCAGCUGUUGAUACCACACCAGGCCACCCUGCAAAACCCUCUCACCCACAUGUGUGUGCACACACCUUCAGGGCAGUGAGGUACAGUCAUGGGAAACAGUCUGCAGACCUUUCCCAGCUCUGAUAGGGCACUGGUGGGCCAGGAAAAGUACAGGGCAGAAAUUGUUUCUGCAGAGCUGAGUGCACUGGCUUCAUGCCUGUUAGAUUCUCACCACACCCUCAGGAGCACAGAUGCUAUCCCUCAGGCCGCCGCCAUGUAUGGGUGAAAUGGAGCUCACAAGUCACCUAAGUGGGGAAGACCACGUAUGCUAUGCCUCUGCCCUCUGACCCACUGGCUCACGAAAUACAGGAGCCCUCUCACACUCCAUGUCUCACCAGCUGCUUCAUCAGUGAGCAGCUGGUUUAGCAUUGGCUGUUGAUAGACAGAGACAGGAAGGACACACCGUACCCUAGUCUCAAGCAUAUAGUCCACCACGAGCACAGGGACAGCUACUGAAGUAAGCCUGGUCCCUGGGGUGCAGAGCUGGCAGGUAUGGCCAGUAUCCCUUGGUGUGGCCUACUGGGCCAGCUGCCUAGCCCCAGAGGUCUGGUGCCUUUGACCAAGGUCUUUGGUGGGACACCACUUGCUGGCUUAGUUUCUCAGUCAGGGAAGGUCCUCUCAUCAUAGCAGGAUGCAAUGACCUUAGUUUCCCCAUCGGUGCUCACUUCCUGGCUUCUUCAGGUGGGCUUUGUCAUAUGCCCCAUGAGCUCACAACCUUCCUUCCAAGUCCAACUGUGUGUUGGUAGCACCCAGGAAACAGAGGGCAGAGGAGUCCUAUGCCAGAUUUUCUGGCUUUUGCCUUGGUCUCCCUCAUCAUAAGCUAGUCCCUCUAAAAGAACAACUCCUGGGGUCUUUGGCAUGGCUGCCUCCAGUCUGAGUUUGUGUGCUGCAGGAUUUGGGAGUGCCUUGUUGAAAAUUCUGAAGGGCCUUUAAAAAAAUUUUUUUUUUUUUGGUGCCAGGGAUCGAACUUGAGACCUUGGAUUUGCGAGGCAGGCAGCAGAACAACUGAGCUAAAUCCCCAGCCCAGCAUUGUUUUUAUUUAAACCUUCUCAAAUGCUGACAGAAUCUUCCUGAUUUGCCACAUCUAUCAGGACAGCUUUGACACCUGUCAUGUCCCCCUACCCGUGUCCUCCCAGCCACACGCACUCACCUGGGUCUAUGGCCACAGUGGGGGAGUGGUCCUGUGCACGUUGCACCUUCCUGAACCCGGCCGGCCAGCGCCAGUGUUCCAUCUGUGAAGCCCCCCGGCACAAGCCUGACUUGGACCAGAUUCUGCGGCUCAGCGUGGAGGAGCAGAAAUGGCCCUGUGCUCGCUGCACGUUCCGGAACUUCCUGGGCAAAGAGGCCUGCGAGGUGUGCGGCUUCACCCCUGAGCCUGGCCCUGGGGCCACCUUGCUCCCCAUCAUCAAUGGGGUCCUGCCCAAGCCACCCACUGUCCUUAUGGAGCCAAAGGGCAGCUGCAAGGAAGAGGCUGGCCCAGUACAGACAGUGGGACUGGGGGCCAUGGAGCCAGCCAGGGGGCACCCUGAGGAGGAGGAAGCAGAGGAGCUGGAGGACCCAGAGGAGGGGGCAGAGCCUAAAAGUGGCUGGGCCUGCCAGCGCUGCACCCUGCACAACACACCUGUGGCCAGCUCCUGCUCUGCCUGUGGGGGUCCCCGAAAACUGUCACUGCCCAGGAUCCCCCCAGAGGCCCUGGUGGUCCCUGAGGUAGUGGCCCCCUCAGGCUUCCAUGCUGUACCUGCCCCUACCCUGCCGGUCCUUCCUGGGGAAGGUGCUGAGGCUAACCCUCCCUCUACCAGCCAAGGUCCAACUUCUGCUAACCAGGAACUCCCCAGGGUACCGCCCUUCAGCCCCUUCUCAUCCACCCUACAGAACAACCCUGUGCCCCGAAGUCGCCGAGAGGUUCCUCCCCAGCUGCAGCCACCUGUGCCUGAGGCUGCUCAGCCUUCACCCUCCACUAGCUCCAAAGGCUGGGCCGGGGCUGGGGCUGGGUCCUCCCGCCUAGCAGAGCUGCUGUCAGGCAAGAGGUUGAGUGUGCUGGAGGAGGAAGCCCCAGAGGACAGGCCUGCCCGUGGUGAGGCCUGCAGCCCGGCCCCAGGCAGUGAUGUCAUUGACCUGGCCGGUGACACCGUACGCUACACACCUGCCAGCCCCUCCAGCCCUGACUUCACCACCUGGGCCUGUGCCAAGUGCACACUCCGGAACCCCACGACAGCCCCCAGGUGCACAGCCUGUGGCUGCUCCAAGCUGCAUGGCUUCCAGGAUCAUGGUGAGCCCCCCACCCACUGCCCAGACUGUGGUGCCAACAAACCAGGCCCCUGUGGCAGCAGCUGUGGACGGGGCCCUUCAGCCCAUAAGGCCGCCCGCCUCCUAAGUGAGCGCACAGACGAGUGGGCCUGCCCUGCCUGCACCCUACUCAACACGCCCCGGGCCACACACUGCGCAGCAUGCCACACACCCCAGCUGCUGGUGACCCAGCACCGGGGGGCCACGCCCCUGAGACGCCGGGAAAGCAUGCAUGUGGAGAAGCGGCGUCAGACAGAUGAGGGCGAAGCCAAGGCUCUCUGGGAGAACAUAGUGGCCUUUUGCCAGGAGAACAGUGUGAACUUUGUAGAUGACAGCUUCCCCCCCGGACCUGCAUCUGUGGGCUUCCCCAUGGGCGACAGCGUCCAACAGCGCGUGAAGCAGUGGCUACGGCCCCAUGAGAUCAACUGCUCCGUCUUCAGGGACCACAGCACCUCGUGGUCUGUCUUCCACACACUCCGGCCCUCAGACAUCCUGCAGGGGUUACUGGGGAACUGCUGGUUCCUGAGCGCACUGGCAGUGCUAGCUGAGCGGCCUGACCUAGUCGAGAGGGUGAUGGUUACACGCACCCUAUGCGUGGAAGGUGCCUACCAGGUUCGGCUAUGCAAAGAUGGCACUUGGACCACAGUGCUGGUAGAUGACAUGCUGCCCUGCGAUGAAGCCGGCUUCCUCCUCUUCUCGCAGGCACAGCGGAAGCAGCUGUGGGUGGCUCUCAUCGAGAAGGCGCUGGCUAAGCUGCAUGGCUCCUACUUUGCCCUCCAGGCAGGGCGCGCCAUUGAAGGCCUGGCCACGCUCACCGGUGCCCCCUGCGAGAGCCUGGCGCUGCAGGUCAGCUCCACUAACCCCCGAGAGGAGCCUGUUGACACUGACCUCAUCUGGGCCAAGAUGCUGAGUUCUAAGGAGGCUGGGUUCCUCAUGGGUGCCUCCUGUGGGGGGGGCAACAUGAAGGUGGAUGAGGCUGCUUAUGAGAGCCUGGGCCUACGCCCCCGCCACGCCUACUCCAUCCUGGACGUCCGUGACAUUCAGGGCUCCAGGCUUCUGCGGCUCCGGAACCCUUGGGGCCGUUUCUCUUGGAAUGGCAGCUGGUCUGAUGAGUGGCCUCACUGGCCAGGGCACCUGCGGGGUGAGCUGAUGCCUCGGGGAAGUAGCGAGGGUGUCUUCUGGAUGGAGUACAGUGAUUUCAUCAGGUACUUCGACUCUGUGGAUAUCUGCAAGGUACAUUCAGAUUGGCAGGAGGCACGGGUGCAGGGGAGCUUCCCCAGCUCUGCCAGCGGGCCUGUGGGAGUAACAGCACUCACUGUGCUGGAGCGUGCCUCGCUGGAGUUUGCCCUCUUCCAGGAGGGCAGCAGCCUAUUAUCUUCGGCCUGCAGGCGCUCAGACACAGUGGACAGCCACCUUCUAGAUCUGUGCAUCCUGGUAUUCCGGGCCACUUUUGGCAGUGGUGGCCGCCUGAGUCUGGGUCGCCUCUUGGCCCACAGCAAACGUGCCGUGAAGAAGUUUGUGAACUGCGAUAUCAUGCUGGAACCUGGCGAGUAUGCUGUGGUGUGCUGUGCCUUCAACCACUGGAGCCCUGCCCCACCAGGCCCCCCCGCCACGCAGGCCUCCAGUCCCUCAACAGGCAUCCCCCGAGGUACCCCUGAGCCUCCCGGCCACGUGCUUGCAGUAUACAGCUCAAGACUGGUCAUGGUGGAGCCAGUGGAGGCACAGCCGACCACAUUGGCUGAUGCUAUCAUCCUGCUCACUGAGAGCCGAGGCGAGCGACAUGAGGGCCGUGAGGGCAUGACCUGCUACUACCUGACACAUGGCUGGGCUGGGCUCAUCGUGGUGGUAGAGAACCGGCACCCCAGGUCCUACCUGCAUGUCCAGUGUGACUGCACUGACAGCUUCAAUGUGGUAUCCACGCGUGGCAGCCUGCGUACCCAAGACAGUGUACCACCUCUUCACAGGCAGGUCCUGGUGAUCCUGUCCCAGCUGGAGGGCAAUGCUGGAUUCUCCAUCACACACCGCCUGGCACACCGCAAGGCAGCUCAGGCCUUCCUCAGUGACUGGACAGCCUCCAAGGGCACCCACAGCCCCCCUCUCACACCUGAGGUCGCCGGCCUACAUGGGCCCCGGCCACUGUGACCACUGCGCCCUUGGGCGGGGGCUUGUGCAGACUGCCCACCUGUCCCCCACAUGCACUUUACGAGGGAGACCCCGACGAAGGACGCUUGAACCAGAAUCUCAGGACCCCCGCCUAGGGAGCCGCCAGCCACAGCUUUCCCUGGGCCCUCCCAUGCCCUUCUACUCCUCCCAUCCCUGAGCACCCUCAGGCCCCUGGCCAGGCUCCCGGCCACUAAGCAGAAUACCUCGAACCAGGUGGGCCAUUUGCCAGCCCCCAUGUCCUGCCAGCCCCAGGGACAGCAUCCAACAUUGGAGACCAAGCCAAGCUGGCUCAUCACCCUAAGCGUGGGGCAUCUUCUGCCAGGGAGAGGUAGCCAGGAGCUCUAUUCACAAAACCAAAUCUGGGGGUCAGAGGCUAGAACCCUGUGGUAAGAGCCAGGACUACCCUUGGCUCCAGGGUGGCAGCCUCUCCUCAGUUUGCCCAGAGCCUGGCUCCCACCCUGAAGAGGCAGGCAGGCAGGGUCCCUGGAGCCCUGGUGUUUGAGCAGCAUGUCCCAGGAGGUGAAUGCCUGGUAGCCACAGGCCAGGGCCCCUCCCAUGAUACUAUGCAAUUCCUGGAGCACAUGCCAGGAUUGAAGCCAUGACGGGGCAGCAAGCUGCUGUCUGGUGGGGUGCUUUGUCUUCAACAGCCCUGACUGUGGCCAGGCAGGCCAGGGUCCAGAAAAGGCCUGGACCAGCCCCGUCCUAUGGCCUUCACCUAGCCACAGAGAGGGAUUCUAGCUCCGUCACAGGCACAAGGCAGGCCACAGCCACUCCCCCCAAGAACCCCAGUGAACUGAGCCACCCACCUGCCUGGCAUCCCCUUGCUGCUUGAAGCCAGUCACCUUGUCUGCCACGUGGACAUCCAAGUCCAGCUUCCUGGGUUCCCCGCCCAGCCACCACUGUCCUGCAGGCAGCCAGCCUGCCCAUAACCCUUGAAUCUUGUGGGGUUUGUAAGGUUUUUACACCUAGAAACACAUUCCCCUCUCCCCCCUGGGCCUCCUUUUAUUCUGAGCUGUGAAUAUUUUUAACCCUGUAAAUAUGGUCAGCUCUCCCGACACAGAGACCAUUUUAUCAGCUGUCAGUCCCUUCCCGGUUUGAGGACUCCAUGGGCGGUUUCCACUCAGGCUCCAAGGACCAAAUAAAAGCGAUUUGUUUUGUAA